GCAGGAACCAUUUCACAUGCAGAGAUUACCAUAGCAUUGGGAUGGUAUAAAGGCGUUCCCAAGCCCAAAUCAUAAUGUCCAGGUCCAAGAACAAUACACAACAUGCAUCUAUCUCUGGCCAUCCUAUCGUUCCUGGCUGUGUGCAGUCAUGCAAUUCCAUUGAACCCGCAGGCACGAGAUGUCCCAGCCGAUGAGUUGUCGCAAUUCAACUUCUGGGUCGAGUAUGCUGCAGCAUCAUAUUGUCACGACAACUAUGUCGCCAAAACUGGAGACAAGUUGACCUGCUGGGCAGACAACUGUCCCCAGGUCGAACAGGCUGAUACAGAGAUCCUAUAUGAUUUCUCCAAUACCACCGCCACCGACACCUCCGGCUUUGUCGCACUAGACACAACUACCAAGGCAAUUGUCAUCGCCUUCCGUGGCUCCUAUUCAGUGCGCAACUGGAUAGCCGACGCGACCUUUAUCCACACUGACCCGAAGCUUUGCGACGGAUGCCUCGCGGAACUCGGCUUCUGGAGUUCAUGGACCCUAGUCCGUCACUCCAUCAUGGAGACUCUGAAUCACACCGUGUCCGAGCACCCCGACUAUGAAGUGGUCGUGGUGGGCCAUAGUCUGGGCGCUGCAGUAGCCACGCUCGCAGCCACUGAUAUCCGGUCCAAAGGCCAUCCCUCAGCCAAAUUAUACGCCUAUGCGUCACCACGCGUAGCUAACUCAGCCCUGGCCAAGCACAUCACAGCGCAAGAUGGCAACUAUCGAUUCUCACACAUUGAUGACCCCGUGCCUAAACUGCCCUUGCUGAGUAUGGGAUAUGUGCAUGUCAGUCCGGAGUAUUAUAUCAGCUCCGCCACCAAUGCUACCGUUCACACUGGGGAUAUUGAGGUGUUGGAGGGAGAGGUCAACUUUCAAGGGAAUACGGGGACGGGGCCGCCAUUGUUGACUGCUUUUCCGGCUCAUAAUUGGUAUUUUGGAAAGACGGAUGGGUGCAAAGGUCCUGGUCUGCCACUUUAAGGGCUUCAUAGAACACUGUCAGUUACAUUUAAAACAAAAAUGCAUUAUACAUCUCAUUAGAUGACCUCCGU